UGAUGAUGUUGCUUGAUGGCGAACCCUCCACUCUCUGCAGUGAUGCCCCCGCUUGAUGAGGACUGCCCUGAUGGCUUCUCUUUAACUCCUCCAAGCCAGCGUGUGCAGUUUAUACUGGGCGAGGACGACGACGAUGAUGGUACACAUGACAGUCAUCCACUCUUCAGUGAGAUGGAAACACUCACAGAGAUGGAAGGAGGAGAACUGGAGUGGAAGGAAACUGCCAGAUGGGUUAAGUUUGAAGAAGAUGUGGAAGAAGGUGGAGAGCGCUGGUCUAAGCCCCACGUGGCAACACUCUCCCUGCACUCACUGUUUGAACUUCGUUCUUUCCUUCUUAACGGAACUGUCAUUCUUGACAUGGACGCUACAUCACUGGAACAAAUUGCUGAUCUUUUAUUGGAUAACAUGAUCAAUCAAGGACAACUGACUUUUGAAGGAAGAGAAAAGUUUCGUGAUGCACUCCUACGCAAGCAUAAACAUCUCUAUGAAAAGCAGAAGCACAAUAAAGAGAAUGGCAAUACUAGUAUGUCACGACUGCCUCUAAUUCGCAGUCUGGCAGAAAUUGGUCGCAAUCACACACAAAGUAAAAUGAAAGGGGUGGAGGAGGGCGGGGCUUCUACCCAAGCCUCGCCCACGCCCACGCCCACAACAGCUCUUGAUGAACCGCCCAAAUUUGGACGCUUCUUGAACGUGCCGGGGAGCGGUGGUGGUGUUGGUUGUGGUGGUGGUGUUGGUGGUGGUGGUGGUGGUGGAAGUACUGAGGGUGGAAACAAUGCCAGUGCUACUUCUAAUCCUGAUGGAACGAUGGAACAGUCACCCUCCUCUGGCUCUAUUACAUGUAACCAUAGUGCAAGCAAUCUUGAUGGACCAGAACACAAGGGGAACACCCACUUCAUGCGAAAGAUUCCUGCAGGUGCUGAAGCCUCAAAUAUCCUCGUUGGUGAAGUGCCCUUCUUAGAGAAGCCUGCCACUGCAUUUGUUCGUUUGUCCCAAAGUGCCAAUCUUGGAGACUUAACAGAAGUGCCCGUACCUACCCGUUUUCUGUACAUCAUAUUAGGACCCACUGGCGGUCUACCAAGGUAUCAUGAGAUUGGACGUGCCAUGGCCACCCUUCUCAGUGAUGAAGUAUUUCAUGAUGUAGCAUACAAGGCAAAAAAUAGAAGUCAUCUUCUAGCUGCUGUUGAUGAGUUCCUAGAUGCUGUGACUGUCCUGCCACCUGGAGAAUGGGAUCCAGCAAUUAGGAUUGAACCACCUGCUGCUAUUCCAUCCCAGGAACCUCGUAAAAAUAAGAAACCCGAAGCAGCCGAAGUGAUAGAUGAAGAAGAGGAGGAGCAAAAGAUGCGAGAAGAGGCCGGACUCACUCGUUCUGGCCGAUUGUUUGGUGGCUUUAUUAAUGAUAUUAAACGAAAAGCACCAUGGUUCCUCAGCGAUUUUAAGGAUGGCUUCUCCAUACAGUCCAUUGCCUCCAUCAUUUUCAUUUAUUUUGCUUGUCUCACUCCUAUUAUCACCUUUGGAGGUCUACUUGGAGAGGCUACAGAAAAUCGCAUUGCUGCUUUGGAAUCUCUUGUUGCUGGCUUACUGUGUGGGGUGGUAUAUGGCAUGUUCUCUGGCCAACCCCUCACCGUUUUGGGUUCAACGGGUCCUGUUCUGGUGUUUGAAACUAUUUUGUUUGACUUCUGCAAAACUAUGUCAUGGAGCUACCUCUCAUUCCGCUUAUGGAUUGGUUUGUGGGCUGGCUUCAUCUUGAUCAUACUAGUGGCUGUGGAUGCCUCUGCUCUCGUCUGCUUCAUCACUCGCUUCACUGAAGAAAAUUUUGCUACCUUAAUUGCAUUUAUCUUUAUUUAUAAGGCUGUUGAGAAAGUCUUGAAGAUUGGUGAAAAGUAUCCAAUGGAAACAUCAGUUGAUGCUUACAAAUUCUGUGAGUGUGUACCACUUAAUGAAACAGAAGAUGUAAUGAAUUCUACUGACUGGAGUAAUAUCAGUAAGGAAGAAUGUAUGAGGGUGUAUAAUGGUACAAUGGUAGGGAAUGGACAUGAAUGUGAACAUUAUUACCCUGAUGUGUUCCUGCUUAGCCUCAUUCUGUUCUUCGGUACUUUUCUCAUAUCUGUCUACCUAAAGGAUUUCAAAUUUGCUACUUUCUUCCCUACUAAGGUUCGCCAAUUCAUCAGUGAUUUUGCUGUUAUUAUUGCUAUUGUUGCAAUGAGUGGUGUUGACUUUGCUAUUGGCAUCCAUACUCCAAAGUUGGAUGUUCCAUCAGAAUUCAAACCUACAUGGGAAGGCCGUGGAUGGGUUAUUCCUCCCUUCGAUGGUAACCCUUGGUGGUCACCCUUGGCUGCCUUCAUUCCUGCAUUACUUGCCUGCAUUCUUCUCUUCAUGGACCAGCAAAUUACAGCUGUUAUUGUUAACAGAAAGGAACACAAGCUUAAGAAGGGUGGCGGCUACCAUCUGGAUUUGUUUGUCUUGGCUGUUCUCAUUAUGAUCAACUCAGUGAUGGGUCUGCCAUGGUUUGUAGCAGCUACUGUGCUAUCCAUCAAUCAUGUCAACUCUCUCAAGUUAGAAUCUGAGUGUGCUGCACCUGGCGAAAAACCAAAAUUCCUUGGGGUUAGAGAAAACCGUUUGACUCACAUUACUAUAUUUGUCUUCAUUGGCUUAUCAGUAGUAAUGACACCAAUCCUACGCAAGAUUCCCAUGCCUGUAUUAUUUGGUGUCUUCCUGUACAUGGGCAUUGCAGCGCUGAAAGGUAUUCAGUUCUUCGAUCGCAUCCUCAUCAUGUUUAUGCCUGUCAAGUAUCAACCUGAUUACACCUUCCUGAGACAGGUUCCUUUGAAAAAGGUACACUUGUUCACUGCAAUCCAGCUGGCCUGCUUGGUAGUACUGUGGGUCAUCAAGUCCUUCAAACAGACCUCAAUCCUCUUCCCACUCAUGUUAGUGGUGAUGAUUGGCAUUCGGAAAAGCUUGGAUUGGAUAUUCACUCAGCGGGAACUCAAGAUUUUGGAUGACACCUUACCAGAGUUUAGUCGUAAGAAGAGAAUGGAAAUAGAAGUUGAUGAUGAUGAAGAUGAAGAAACAAAGAUAGGAAAAGAAACAAUAAGCACUGCUGAAGGUGUAAUGACUAUUCCACUGGCCAAUGGAAACGUGAUGAAAGUUCCAAUGAAUCCAAUCAACAUAUCAGAGGAAGUUAACAAGAGUGGUGUGUGGAUGGAUAUAAACAAAGACCAGGAAAAAAAACCUCCAACUUCACCAACUAAGAACAAUGAGGACAGGAGCCGUAACAGCUGCAAACGUUGCCGCCGCCGCAAGAAGAGCCGUGCUAAUGAUGAAGUAAAUGGCGUGCCCAAUGGAGUGGCCUUUGGGCAUGCAACUGAUGUGGAAAUGAUUGACAGCCCCCUGUGUAUGGGCCACUCAGAAAAUGAGUCUGACACAAAGGAAAGCACAUUGGAAAUUGAGAACGAAGCGUGUCAUUUCACCAAGAAACGUGGCACCAAAAAGGAUGCUCUUAAUGAAGAGGAGAAGAAGAGGCUGAGCAUGAUGGCAGAAGAGGAUGAAGAGGACGAAGGGAUAACAAUUAAGAUUGAAGGACCUCGACACCACAAGAAAAAUUCCAUUGUGAGCGCAGAGACAUCAGUGUAGGGAAGUAUACCACUAAUAUGUGACAAUAUUUGAGAGGAAGAGGAAAAAAAGUGCAGCAUAGAGCAAGAGAAUCUACUUGGCAACACUAUAGGUGUGCAAGACUGUAUUUACAAAGGUGAAGUAUAUAUACAACUUUUGCUGGUUGAAAACUAAAGUAUAAUGGUUAUGAAAUAAAUAUUUAUAAAAUUCACUACAAAGCCUAGAUGCAUCCAGAAUACAAUAAAUUAAAGUGUAAGUGUUUACACAGAACACUGCAUUAUUAAUGAAUUGUAUAAAACCAGCUGCACUUACAGUCAAGGUUCCUUGCAAAUAAAUAUGUUUAACAUGAGGAAUGAAAUAUAAAGUGCCAGUGAGAUAUUUUAUUUAAAUCAUCUGUGUCAACAUCUCAUACUCUAACUCAAAAUUAAGGUUUAUUUUAUAAAUGGAAGAGUAACUUAUCAUUGUUCAUUUGCAUGAUAUAAAUUUUGUGAAUGUCAGUAGAAAUUAAGAGCACUUUGUAACAUAGUAUAGGUUUCAUUAUUUAACUAUUAUGGGACCCAAAGUACUGUUGGAUAAUUGACACAGUCUAUUAUUAGUAUGCAAUACUAUUUACAUUAUACUAUAAAUGUGUUUAAGAUGCCUCUCAGAGUCCCAUUUUUUUACCAUUCCCAGGCCAAAAUAUAUAACACCUAUAUUAUGCAUAUGGGAGCAAGAGGCUAGUAACCCCUUCUCCUGUAUAAAUUACUAAAUUUAAAAAAGAAAAACUUUCACUUUUCUUUUUUUAGCUCACCCUGCCUUGGUGGGAUAUGGCUGGUUUGUUUGGAAAAAAAAUGUAUAUCAUUACAGUCAUUACUGUAUUAUAAAACCAAAAUACAAAAAUAUAUUUCAUUCGUAGUUGACACACUUGACAUUGUCCAUGGUUGGAUGCUUGUUAUUGUAUCCAGUUAAGAGUCAUUAAUAAAAGUUGGAAAGCUUAACUAGUCAGAAGUUGCAUUAAAGAACAUUUAGUGUACUGCAAAGUAUUCUGCUAUGAAAAUGUCUUAUUCAAAAUCAGUAACUUUCCUUAUUCUUAACUACUAAUGUCAUAAUUUUUAAUGUUAGUAUACAAUACAGAACAUUCACAUAUAUUUAAGUUACAGUACAUUUACUUCUACUUACAUUAGAAAUUAAAUACCUCCAAGUACAGUUUGACAAUUACAUUUUUACAAUAUAUACCAAAGAAGGUUUUAUGAUGGUAUGGCUACUGCAGUGAUGUGGUAGCUUUUCUUUUACAGUACAAGAAAUGCCCAUAUAUGUUGAGAGGAUAAGGUUCAGAUCUGCAUAAUAAAAUAAAUAAAUGAAGCUGAAAAUUAAUGCUAAGUUUAAGAGUAUCAUAAACUACCAAAUGCAAGUGACCAUGUGUGCCCAGAGAACACAGCCGUUAGUAUUUGUAACUAAGGAAGAACUGUCUCUGAUCAUACUUGCACCUUGUUUAGAGUUGCUUUCAUGGAUUGUUGAUAAUAACCUACCUGCUGCCUACAUCUUGCUGAACAGUGCUUUUGUGACUCAUCAGCGCUAACCUACCUGCUACCAUUAAUUAAUAAUGUACAGUGGUACCUCAGGAUACGAACUUAAUUCAUUCCAGAAGGCUGUUCGAGUGCCAAUACCAAACGAAUUUGUUCCCAUAAGGAAUAAUGUAUAUUAGAUUAAUUCAUUUCAGACCCCCAAAAAUACACUUACAAAAAGCACUUACAUAAAUACACUUACAUAAUUGUUCGAGUUUUGAGCUGUUUGUAUCCUGAGGUACCACUGUACAGUACAUUAAAACAAGUUAUCAGUUUUAAUAUUGUUACAGUAUAAAAUUUUACAAUUUUCAUUUCUUUAUGCAACAUAAAUAAUGUGGUUUACAUGUAAUAAAGCAUUAGUAGGCACAAGAGAAAGUCACUAAUUAUGCAAUGUAUUUUAAGCAGCCAGGAAUUACAAAAUAUCUCACCAUUUAUAAUUUACACUCUACUGAAGUGUAUUUAUAAUGUGCUUUAUCUUACAUGUAAAGUAAAUUUACAAAAAAAGAAAAAAAGAAAAAUGAAUCUUAAAAAUAUGAAGGCUAAUUUUGAAUAACUGGAUAUCAAAUAAAGUGUGAAAAUUGAAUGAUGCAUAAAUUUUUAUUGCAUAGUUUUCAUUGAAUAAUUAUCAACCACACAAAAUGUAUGAAAGUAUUAUGUAAUAUGUAAUUAUGUUGUGUAUAAGCUAAGCUGAGUGACUGGCAAGUGAAGGUUGUUCGUGUGCACUACACCUGUUGUCUCAUGUUUCCUUCACUUUAUAUUCUUAUAUAACAUGCUGCACCUUGGAAUUGUCUUUCAAUUGACAGUCUCAUUGUACUCAAUUAAUUAAUGCUAUUAAUGCUGUUUGUAAUGAUCUACAUGUAAUAUAAAUACUGUACAGUAUUUGCAACAAUCCAUUCCCUUUUUUAUAUUUCUGUUACAGUAAAGUGAAAAAUUGCUAAUGACAGACCUUUCAUGAGAAUUUUUUUUGUCAUAUACCAUAACGGUUCUUACCUAGAUACUGCUUAUAAUAUAUAAAAUAUAUCACCAAGUGAUAAUUGUAUAAAUGAAGCCUCAGUUUCAAAAGUGAAAGAUUUUUAUUGGUAUAUCUGAUGUCUUGUUCACUUGCAAAUUUGUACAAGAUAUUUAUUCUACAAAGAAUUUCAAAAUAUGUACUGUACUAUGAAAGAAGCAGCUACCAUAUGAACUUUCUGCAGAUGUACUCUGUAUACACUAAAAACAUGCACAAUUUAACUACUCUACAUAUUUACAGUACUUUAUAACUUUCAUUACCAAUUGUUCACUCAUUUUCUCAAUAUCAUUCACAAGCUGACUGAUCAUUGUACCUCUCACUGAAAGUAAAUCUUAACAUACAACAUUUAAAAACAAAAUUCAGUUUUAACUUGGUUAUGAUCCUUUUCAGCUGACAACUUGGCUAAUCUACAAUACAGGACAUUAAAAGGCUGUGUGUCGUAGUCUAUAUUGGAUGAACUUUGAUUUAAUGUAUAUUGGUGCAAGUAGAUUAUUCUUAAAAUGCUUCAGAUGUUAUAUUAAAGUGCACUGUGACUCAAGUUAUUUCCAUAAUUUCAUACAAUGAUAUAACUAUCCCACUAGUAAUGUGCCUGAACUUCUGCACUUGUUGUGCAAAAUUUGGUUAUUAAUGGAGAAAAGUGAAGGUGUAUUUUACAUGUAGAAUGUAAUUAGAGUAAAUAAACAUCAGAAGGAAAAUACUGUAUUAUAUAUGGAAGAUGGAAAUGUGUUUAACAAUUCAGUUUUUGGUUGUGUCAAGUUGCAGCCCAAGUGGGGUUAUAGGAGAGGUUUUAAAGUGUUAGUAUAACAAGCAGUGUGGUAAUUUUCUCUCUUUUUAAACAUGUGUAUUCUUUUAUGAAUAACUAGAAUUAAUUUAUAUAUGAUGUAGCCCUUAGUGUGUUAAGACAGUUAAGAUAUCCAGGAAGAAGGACUAAAGUACAGUGCAUCAUAGGCAGUGUAUAUUUAAGCUGCAGUAAGAAACACCAACUUGUUACAUUCAGCUGCAGCAAGGAGCACUGACUUAUUAAGUAUCCUGGACAGAGUGAAAAGUACUGACUAUUCUAUGGUUAAUACAAAAUAAAGAGGGGCCUCAAAUUGAAGCUUGUUCAUUGUGAUUCUCAACAAGAUACCUUAUAAAUGAAGAGAAGCUCUUAUAAUCAAAGGCUCCCAAAAAUAAAUUAAAAGCUAUGAAUUCGUGCAUUUUUUAAGAAAAAUAAAAUAAAUUUAAACUUUGCUAUUUGGCUUGUUUAACAUUUCCUGAGGUCCAGUAUGAGUAUUUAUAUCAAAGGGUCUCAGGGAAAUCAUUCUUGUGCCCCUGUGUAAUCCUAACCUCACUAAUUAGGAGAACCUUGCAUUUAUACAAUGAUUUGCUCAUAAUAAGAAUAAUAUAGCAUAGUGCUACUGAGCACUGUAACAUUGUUGUAAAUAUGCAUAAGUAGGUAACUUGUAACAAAGGCCAUCACAGUAUUCCGUCAAUUGGUGUUAUGAAUUUUUUAUAUAAAUUGUCCCCUCUUA